AUGUGUAUUGACUACAGAAAGCUUAAUGAAGCCACCAGGAAGGAUCACUUCCCCUUACCAUUCAUGGAUCAGAUGCUUGAAAGAUUCGCCGGACAUGAAUACUAUUGCUUUCUAGACGGUUAUUCGGGUUACGACCAAAUAGUUGUAGACCCCAAGGACCAGGAGAAAACUUCAGUUACUUGUCCAUGUGGACAAAGGAAAGACAAGCUAGUGCAUGAUAUUUACUAUGCUAGCAAGGUCCUUAAUGAGAAUCAAAGGAACUACACAACUACAGAGAAGGAACUUUUAGCCAUAGCCUUUGCUUUUGAUAAAUUUAGAUCAUAUCUUAUUGGCUCUAAAGUAAUUAUAUUCACUGAUCAUGCAGCACUCAAAUACUUGCUUACCAAACAAGAGUCCAAGCCUAGACUCAUAAGAUGGAUCCUGCUACUCCAAGAGUUUGACAUUGAAAUUAAAGAUAGGAGUGGAGCAGAGAACAAAUUGAUGAUGAUCGAAGAAGCCCCUUGGUUUGCAGACAUAGCCAAAUUCAAGGCUAUUGGGGAACUACCAACCAACAUCAACAAACACAUGAGGAGAAAGCUAAUCAAAGAUGCUAAACACUACAUCUGCGAUGAGCCCUAUUUGUUCAAAAAGUGUGCUGAUGGAAUCUUGAGAAGGUGCAUUUCCCAUGAGGAGGGACAAGAAGUGCUUUGGCAAUGUCAUGGAUCUGCAUAUGGAGGCCAUUUUAGUGGGAAAAGAACCGCAGCCAUGGUGCUACAAUGUGGGUUCUACUGGCCUACCAUUUUCAAGGAUGCAAAGGAAUUGGUGUCCAGAUGUGAUGAGUGUUAA